CUGGUUUCAGGUUAUGGGUUCAGCACAAAGUACCCCUAACCCACAAGCGUCACAAUUGAAUGCUGAAGCGCCCAUCACAGUUUGGUGGGACGUCGAAAAUUGCUUGCCACCUUCUGAGAUUGAUGUUCAUAGUAUCGGUUGGCGCAUAAGGAGAUCGCUGAGAAACUUAGGCUACCAAGGUGCCGUGGAAAUCAUAGGCGUUAUCGCAAAUGACACUAAGCUUCCUGAGAAGGUGCUGGCUAGACUAAAACUACCAACCAGCGGAGUGCAUAUUCACGAUUGUGAGAACGAGACCGGAGAGAAACAAGUGAGUGAUGCUGAGAUCAAGGCAAGAAUGGGCGCUUGGAGAGACUUGAAUAUACAUCCUCGCAAUGCCAUGAUUAUCUCUGGAGAUGGUGAUUUCCUGGAUUCAUCUCAGAGUCUCCGUGAUAAUGGUUAUAACCUGAAGUUGGCUUAUCGCCCAGGAGCUACGGCAGAAGAAGUGCUCGAGUCUGCACCACCCACUAACUGGACAUGGAGAAAGUUGCUUGGGCUGAGAGAUAAGCCAUUAAAGAAAAAGAAACCUCGAUCUCCUCCCCCAACAUCUCCAGAUCGCGAAAGAUCUCCAUCUCCAGAAGCCAAAAGAUUCAAAGGGAAUCGGUUCGCUGUUCUUCUCGGCUGCAAGUAAUUAAGGGGAGCUAAGUAAUCGUGUUUAGGGGUUUUUAUGUAAUAAAUUUCGAAUUUCUGGCUGUGUUAAUUUCCUAAAUGGGCUUGACCCAAAAACUUAUGGUUUGGGCUAUGUUGGGCCUGUAUUUAAUG